UUUCUUUUAUUAUUAUUAUUUUUUUCCUCGAGAUGCAGAUUAAAGAUUUCUAGGGAUUUCUCGCCGGUGACCGGAGAUGCCCACUAAGGCGGCGAGCAACCGGCCGGAGGACCUAGCGGCGAGAUUAGGGGAGGUGUCUGGAGUGGCAAAGGGAGAAGCGCUCUUGAAGGCUCUUCGGGAGGUGAAGAACCAGAUAAUCGGAAACAAGACGAAGAAGCGCAGAUUCCUCUACCUUGGUGCUGUUCCUAAGAUCGUCUCAGUGCUUGCUGCGGCAGAUUCUGAUGGGGGCGAUCCGGCAAUCAUCGUGCAGGCGGUUGCCGCUAUCGGCAGCUUCGCGUGUGGAGUGGAGGAUGGGGUCCGCGCGGUGGUGGAGGCUGGUGCCGUCCCGCAUCUCAUUCGGAUUUUGUCCUAUCCCAAUGAAAAGGUCAUUGAUGCAGGCGCACGGUCUCUUAGGAUGAUAUUCCAAUCAAAGCUUGCACCCAAAUAUGACAUUUUGCAGAACAAGAACAUGGUGUUUUUGCUUUCACUCCUCAACAGUGACAACGAGAACGCGACUGAACUCGCCGUUAGGAUCAUUGCCCACUCAUGCGAUAAUAAUGAUGAGCAAAAUGCACUCCGUGAUGCUGGAGUUCUGCAGAGACUUGCUCAACUGCUCGAAGGAUCUCUAAAUCAAAGAGUUGCGAGCUUAGGUUCUAUAGCUGCAAUAAUUAGAAAUAACCGUGAAGUUGCCAUGACAUUCGCUUCCAUUGAGAAUGGAAAAGCUUUGAGUGCCUUAACGGAGCUAAUACAUGACCGAUAUCCACGAACAAGAUAUCUCGCCUGCAUGUGCUUGAUUGCCAUCGGACAACUUUCUAGCUAUGCAUGUGAUCUACAAACUAAAACUAAUCUGCUGCUUGUACUCGUUGAACUUCUUGAAGAUUCCGGUGAAGUUGGAGAUGAUUCUCCGUUUGCGCUUUUGGAUAUAAUUACAGACAAUGAAGAGUUGCAACUACAAGCAAUCACCAUAAACGUACUUGAGAAGCUCUGCAACUACUUGGAAAAGAGUCCAAUCCCACUGAGGCGUCUCGAGGGAAUAUUGCUUGCAUUAGCUGAAUUUUGCUCCAAGUCAGAAACAUGCAGAUGUCAGCUAAUUUCUCCUCAGUUCUUGAAUAUCAUAGUGGAUGCGCUAAAGAAUGAGUCCACCGGAGUACGCAUCGCAGCAUGCACGUGCAUAAGGAACAUUUCUAGGUCUGUGAAGAAUCUCUGUGCAGGCCGCCUAUCCAAUGAAAGAGUUAUUGUUCCGCUGGUUCGGCUAUUGAAUGACACUUCUAAUUCUGUUCAGGAAGCCACGCUUGGUGCUAUUUGCAAUUUGGCAGUUGAUUUUACCUCCCAAAAAUCUGCUCUAGUCAAAUAUGGCGGUUUGCCACUUCUUGUUCAGCUAUCCAAAUCGAUUGUUCCUAUGCUAAGGUUAAAAUCACUUUGCGCUUUGAGGAAUCUAAUGUUUAUUGCGAACCGAAUUGGCAAAGAGAACAUCAUUUCAGAGCUCACCAUACCCGAACUGGCUUCCCUGAUUUGUGAUUCUGAGCAUCUCGUACAGGAGCAGGCGAUGGCGCUUGUUAGUAAUCUUAUCCAUGGAUGCGUAGAUUUUAUCAGACUUGUAUUUGCAGAAGAUGGUUUAAUUAUUAAUGCGGUUAUCAGACAGUUGAAAAAUGAUUCAGCAACCCAAGUUUGUAUUCAGCAGGGCAUGCUUUUGCUCUGCAACAUUGCAGCUGGAGAUGAAUCCCAUAAAGACGCUGUGCUCGGUUAUCUCAUGCCUUCAAAAACAGAAGGAUCUAACUCCCUAAUGAUCAGAUUCCUGCAGAGUAAGGAUCAGUUCCUCAGAACAGCCGCGAUGUGGUGCGUACUUAACCUCACCGACCCGGAUAGCGUAAAUUCGCCUCUUCGGGUCAGAAAACUCCAGGAGGAAGGCAUAUUAUUCCAAAUCAAGACUAUGGUGAAUGACCCCUGGUUGGAUUGCAAGUAUAGAGUCAGAAAGGUGCUGGAACAAUGCAUGGUUACUCAGAGCACAAGAUGUGAAGCCCAAGUUGGGUGCAGCUGAAAAACAAGACUUUUGAAGAGAAAGAAUGUUCAGUAUUUUCCCUCUGUUGUGAUGAUUCCAUCUUCUUCUUUUUGAGAAGUUUAUUCGGGAAUGUGUAAAGUUGUUUUGAGAUGAAACUUUCAUUCCUCUGAA